AUCCCUCCUCCAGCAUCCCUCUCUCCAUUCCCCCCUCUUGCAUCCCUCCCUCCUACAUCGCUCCCUCGUGUAUCCCUCCUCCGGCAUCCCUCCCUCCUGCAUCCCUCUUUCCACCCCUCCCUCCUGCAUCCCUCCUCCUCCAUCCCUCUCUCCACCCUUCCCUCCUCCCUCUGCCUGCGCAGAGCCGCGGACAUGGCGCUCAGCAAUUUCCUCUUCGCUCAGUGCAUCUGCUAUUUCCUGGCCUUCCUCUUCAGCUUCAUCGUGGUGGUGCCACUCUCCGAGAAUGGCAACGACUUCCACGGCCGCUGCCUGCUCUUCACCGAGGGCAUGUGGCUCAACGCCAACCUGACGGUGGAGCGGCAGCGCUUCACGGUGCAGGAGUGGGGGCCUGAGGCCGCCUGCCGCUUCAGCAUCUUCACCGGGCUCCUGUCCCUGCUGCUGGCCACAGUGCAGGCCUGGAGGACCCUCUUCUUCCUCUGCAAAGGGCACGAGGACUCUUUCUUUUACGCCUUCCUGAAUCUGCUGAUCAGCGCCUUUGUGGUGUUCAUCACAUUUAUUGCCAGCACUAUAGUGAGUGUAGGAUUUAACAUGUGGUGUGAUGCAAUUACUGAAAAAGGAAGCAUGCCAAAUAGCUGUGAAGAGUUGCAGGAUAUAGAUCUUGAGCUGAACUUGGAAAACUCUGCUUUCUAUGACCAAUUUGCUAUUGCACAGUUUGGUCUCUGGGCUGCCUGGCUGACCUGGCUGGCAAUUACCAUCCUGGCUUUCCUGAAGGUUUAUCACAACUACAGGCAGGAGGAUCUGCUAGACAGCCUGAUCCAUGAGAAGGAGCUGCUGCUAGGAAGAUCCCCUUCACGAUCCUCUUUGCAAGAUGACAAAAGUGGCAUGAUCUAAAGUGUAAGCAAAUUUCCAGGGCAGGAUCUAGAUUUUAUUAUUCAGUAAUGUGAGCUGAAGCUGAGUCAGGGUAUUGAGUGUGUGAGAUCUUUUCUUUUCCUGAAAUGAAACGUAAUUGUGAAUUACUCACUUCCCCCAUGAGAAAUUGUUGGCAGAAAUACUGAUAUUAAGAUAAAGAGAAUGAACUGCCCUAUGUGCCUGUGGCACAGCAAACUUUCUGUCCUGUGCAGGCAAAAUUUGUAACCUGCCCUUGUCAGCAGAGCUCCCACGUGCCAUUGCUGUCUUUUGGGACAAGGGACAUUUCUGAGGACUGAGCUGGCAAGACCAGGCUACAGCAUCCAGGCUAUUUCUUCAAACCAUUCUUCAACAAUAGAUGUAACUGGAGCUGAAUUCAGUGCCUCCCCUCUCCCUCUCCUCCCUUUUGCCAGUGGAGCUGCCCCUUGUGGUGUUUUUAUCCUGGGAAACUGCAGCUCUGGUUGGGAUGCUCUCACUGUCUCUGCUUUUGCUGUGUGUGGAUGCAGUGCUGACAAACAUGUUGCUCCUGCUCUGAUUUUAUUUCAAACAUAGAGACCUGUGUUCCAGACUUGAUAUUUAAUAUUGGACAGUGUUAAUGAAUUCCAUGAAACCCGUUUAUUAUUAUAGCACCUGUCAAAAACUGUGUAUAAUAUGGAAGGAUGAAGGAGAACAUUUUUUUCUGGUUGUGACUUUGUUUCUUCUUAGAUUUUGGCAUGAGCAGCAUUUAUUAUGACUCCUGAAGUGAACUGUAGCUAGAAAUUGCUGGAGCUUGCAUACUAAGAAAUUAAGCUGAAUAGAUAGUAAUAAUGCUUGUGCAUUUAUAAAUGUAACUUGGUCCCUAACAUUGUAUACUAUUCUGUUUUGAAUAUUAGAAUUUAUUUGUGAUAUUUAUUUCAUAUAGGAUGUGCAAAAUUACUGUAAUCAUUUGCAUUGUAGGUUUCUAUAUAUAAACAUAGCAAGGAGUUCAAAGAGCUGAGUUAUUUUAUUGAUAGUUCAGUGCUGAAUGGGUCCAUUCUCCCCACUCAUGGGCAGGAGUUCCAGGGCAGAUAAAUUUUGCUGUGAAAAGGAUGAAGAAUUGCUGUUUACACAAAGCUCACUGGUGACUGUGUUGUUGCUUUCAGUUUUAUUUGGCCAGUGCUUCAACAAAUCAGGUGGAUUGUUGAGAUCAGAGGUAGCUCUGAUAAUUAAGAAGAGUCACUCAGAGGAGUGUGGGAUUUGCAUGGCAGAGAAGUAAAGCUGUGCUAGGAUUAAGCAUUUAUCCCCAGGUACACAUUGCACAGAAGACCCCAAAUCAGCAGAAAACUUAAGCAAACAACUAAGUUUGGACUGAAGAUUUUUUGGGAAUAUGCUGACACUGCCUGUGGUACCUGUGUUUGAAUUGAGACUGAAUUUAUUGUAAGAGAAGUGCAAACCACACAUGAUUAUAUGACCUGGUAAAUCAGAAUGAGGGGAGAGAGGACAGCCGGCUUCUCCCACAUCAGAGCUCAAGCCUGGGGUUAGCACAGCCAUGCAGAUUUACUGUUGGCUACUAGGGACUCUCUGAUGCUUAGUUAAGUACCAGCUUAAGCAUUUCAUUGAAACAGAAUUUCAUGUCAUGAAAAAUCCCUCAAUUAAUAAGCAUUUUAGGGCAUAAAAUCUGACAUUGUAUUUAAGUGCCAAAGUGUUCUCAUAGGUUUAGAGAAAAAACCCUCCAUGGGCCCUAAGCAGUAAUCCAGCCCUGUGAAUAUUGCUUACAGCCCCAGCUGAACACUGCUUAUAGCCACAGCUCUCUAUAGAGAGGCCUUGUUCUUCAGCAUGAUUUCUGCCCACAAGAGAAUGCAAUUCCUCUGAAAGCUUUAAAGCAGUGGCAUUUUUUUUUUUUUUUUUUUUGUGGUUGGGAGUUGACAUCAGAGGAGGACUCCUGGAGAGGGAAUCAGAGAUCAAGCUAAUUAUUGCCAAUUUAAAAUUCGGAUAGCAGGACUGUCAGAGCGCCUUUUUAAAAAUUCAUUUUGUCUAAUAAUUUAGAUAUUAAGAAAAGUCUCUUCACUGAAAGGGUUGUCAAGUACUGGAACAGGCUGCCCAGGGAAGUGGUGGAGUCACCAUCCCUGGGUGUAUUUAAAGGAAAGGUGGAUGUGGUACUGAGGGAAAUGGUUUAGUGCUGACUUUGUCAGUGCCAGGUUAAUGGUUUGACUGGAUGAUCCUAGAGGCCUUUUUCAACCUAAAUUACUCUGUCUCUAGUAGGAGAUACACUCUAGCAAGUACCUGAGUCCCGUGCCAGGGAAUGUCCUUCUUCAUACCCUGAAGAGGAGCUUGGGUGUUGUAAAUUAGCCUGUUUCCAGGGUUUCCCCAGUUUCUACAGCUGUAAAAGGCAGUCUCACUUCCACUCAGCAGUGAUGUCUCUUCCCACAAAUUACUUCAGUGCUUGCCUUACUCCUUGUGUGGAACCAUGAUGCUGCUUUGUAAUAUAUUUUAAUAUAUUUUAUGUAUAUGCCAAAUCAGGCUUAGGCUGAAAUGAGGUGUGGGUUGGGACCACUGGUCAUCCACUGGUCAUCCCAUCCUGGCCUUUCCUGAGGGUUUGAAGAACCACGAGGCAGAAGAUAACAAGUGUCUUCUUGUGGUUCUUGCUCUGAGGUACCAAGGCCCAAGUCUUGUCUCUGCUUCUGAUGGAGAGGAUGCUGCUUGUGGCUGAGGCUGUCUGGAGCUUGUGCUCUCUUCUACCUCUCCUGUCUCAAAGUCUUUUUCCGCCUUUCCACUUCCAUGAGAAGCAGCAAACACUGGUCCUGGGUUUGGAGUUGCCAUGCAAAAUGGAAAGAGGGUGAAGCUCUCCUAUGAGUCCCAUGUGAAUGGGGCUGUUUUUCACAGCUUUCCCUUGCCAGUCUGGUUUUCACAGCUUCCCUGCCUUCACCAAAGCUGGUACCCCCUGACAAGAUCAGUGAUGCUUAAAAGCAGAGCUGUUUUUGAUGGAAGCCCCUGUGUGAGUCAGAAGGCUGAGCAUGUAGUGAGAAGGCUGACCCAAAGGGAGGAAGGGUAUCCUGCAACUCCCAGUUUUUGGACACACUUGGUGUUUUUUAUUUGCACUAAGUUUUCUGCAACCUCUUCUCCUAAAGCUUAGGCACUCAGGCCAAGCUGGUGGUGCCAAGCUGGAAAUGGGUAAGAAUUGUGGUAUAAUUUAUGCACACAUCCAUAGCUACCUGUGGUAUAAUUUAUGCACUCAUCCAUACCUGCCUGUGUUGUAAUUUAUGCACACAUCCAUACCUACUUGUGGUAUAGUUUAUACACACUCAUACCUACCUGUGCUCACUCUCAUGCACUUCUCUCCUUUGUACAUUUCUGACGCCUGAUUUUAGUCACCCAUUGCCAGCUAGCAUAUCGUGGGGCUGAAUCAAAUUUGGCAUUUCUGUGACAUUUCAAUACCUUUAAUUUGCCAUGUCCAAGGGCAGGGAACACUCUAGCAAGAGUUGUAUUCAAAGAACUAGAACACUGUAUGGAACUUAUACUGUAUUUAUUUAUUUAUUUAUUUAUUUAUUUAUUUAUUGUCACAUGUUGCAAGGGGAAAAAGCUUUGUGGCCUUUCCAAGGCACUGGGCUGUUGCCACGCUAUUAUUCUGUUGUACCAAAUAAAUUUUCUGGCUACCAUCUGUGGUUAAAUUCCCCACCAAUUCCCUGCCAGCAGUCCUCAUUGGGCUAGGAGAAUCUGAGCUAACAAGUGUCAUCUGAGCUUUUAGGUCAGUGCUGUUUAUUAUUAUUUUUUUUAUAAUGGAGAAACAAUAGGAGGCAUCUUUUGGAACAGAACUUCCUCAUUCAUGCUAAAAACAUCUCAUACCGCUAACUCAUGAGGCAUCUUUCAGCUGGGAAAUUUCAGUGGGAAUCACAAAAAUAAGAGCAAUAUGAUUUACUGUAAAAACUGAAGGACACAUUUGUACUAUAGCAGUGAUUCUAUGGCCCCUUAAAAAAGGAGGUGUUAUAAUAACCAGUGAUGGAUGAUUGAGUGUACAGACCUUGUCAUGAAAGCAUUCUCUGUGUGUGUACAAUGUAUGCAGAGAAAUGCCAGUUGCACUGCUCUUCUGUGAUGUGGAUACAGGCUUUUCUCUGAACAAGCAGCUUUGGCUGGAGUAGUUCUUAGAAUGCCUUAAGUGUGUACAUUUCCUUUUACUCAGCACUGGGACUCGUGCAAUGCAAUGGUUAUUAUGAUACCCAGAGGUGGAAUUGAUGUGGGCAGAGUUGGAGAGCACUGGCCAAUGCAUAACCUGCCAAAGGCUGAGAUGAGUUUCUAAUACAGGUUUGGAGGUGUUUUAAUUCCCCUUUAUCUGAGUAACAUCCUGCUGCUAGAAUAAAUUAAUCCACAGAGUCAGAUUUCCCUUCAAGGCCUUCACUCUCCAGUAUGGAACACUGCUGAUUUAACCUGUGUAGUGUUCAGGAUGGAAGCAGAGUUGCAAGGAAGAGGAGCUCACAAUUUACAGUUACGUUGCACACAAACCUGGUAUUGGAUGUAGGUGGGUUUUAUCAUCUCCCUUUUCCGAACCUUCUCAAAUAUAUUGCAUGUAAAAUCACUUUUACCAUUUAAAUUAUAACUUUACAAAAAUCCAGACAGUAAUUUAUACUGGAAAGACUAACAGUACCUUGUGAAAAACCAAUCUGGAUUAUGACAAAACUUUUGGUUUUUUCUGUAUCAAUGGCCCAAGUAUCCUUGAGUGAAUGAGCAUGCUGGCUGUGUCCAGAUCCUAAAUCUGUGCCUCAGACCAUUUCCUUUACUGAUGGAAAGAGCCCAUUUUUAUCUCUUGGAAUGCUUGCUUUGGGGACCACAAAUAUCCUUUCCUGCUGGUUAGGCAAUCUGGGAAAAG